AUGAAAAAAUUGCUUCGUCGGCGUUUUACUUUUAUGCAAAUUAUGAAAGAAAAAAAUGGAAAUGAUUAUACAAAAGAUGAAGUUAUUAAAAAAUGGAAAAAAGAAUUGGAAGAAGCUUGUUUAGAAGAAUCUAAACAAAAGUUUACAGUUGACGAUUUUGCUUUGUUUGUUUUUUUUUUGUUGUUUACAAAGCCGGCUUUAAAUUCUGUUUGUGCAAUUGUUGGAAGUGUUUUGGCUCAAGAGGCGAUUAAAGCUUUAUCUCAAAAUGAUGUUCCGUUAAAAAAUAUUUUUCUUUAUUCACCCGUGGAUUCAUCUGGAACUGUAUGUGAGAUCUCAGCUUAA